AUGUCAGCCUCUAACGGCGUCCUUCGCGGCGGCAGCCAUGCUGUAGCAGCGUCGGCCGUCCAAAAUGCCACCACCGAGGCCGAGAUACGCGCAACACUCGCCGCCCUUCACGAACGCGAGGCAGCCAUAACCGCGAGGCUCGAUGCGCUCCUCGAAUCGCAGGCCGACCUGUCGCGGGACCUGGGCAGGCUGGACCUCCUGCGUGCCGGGCUGGGCGCCCAGGUGAUUGCGGCUCGAUCCAUCAGCAACGACAUGCUCUCUACGGCGGCAGACACGGCCGGACGGCUCAGCAAUAGGGUCAAGGAGCUGGAUCUGGAAAAGAGCCGCGUGGAGGACACGCUGGGCGUCGUGGAGCAGGUGGCCGAGCUCAAGGCGUGCGUCAAUGGCGUGGUUGGAUCCAUGGGGGCGCCGCAGGACUGGGAGGCGGCGGCGGCGUACAUUGCCCGCGCAAGCAAGAUCCCAGAGGCCAUCACCAAGGGAGCCUUUGCCGCCAACAUUGUGCCCAGCGUCGAGGUGCCUGAUGCGCCCUGGGUCACGCUGGAGACGGCCAAGGAGAGCCUGUGCGGCCUCUUCCUGCGGGAGUUUGACAAGGCGGCGUCUGAAGGCGACGGCGCCAAGGUGACGAGAUUCUUCAAGCUGUUCCCUCUCAUCGGGAGAGCCGAGGUUGGACUGGAUGUCUACGGAAAAUACGUGUGCCAGGGUGUCGCGGGUACGGCUCGAGCCACUCUCAAGGACGGCAUGGCUGGCCAGAAUCGCAAGGAGGGCAUCAUCUACGCCAACUCCCUGACGAGGCUCUUCCAGCACAUCGCACAGAUUGUCGAGGGCCACGGAGGGCUCGUCGAGAGACACUACGGCGCGGGGAAGAUGGUACGCGUUAUCGAGCGCAUCCAGAUGGAGGCAGAUGUUCAGGGAGGCAUCAUUCUCGACACAUGGGGCGACGAGCGCGGAGUCGACAAGAAGCUGACAGACGUCAAGAGCUAUCCUUUCUCAUUUCUGGUCCAGAGCUUCUUACCACAGCCUCCUCGAGGAGGCAUCCCCAGGAUGAACUCACCUGCGGCAGGCAUGGGAAACAAUCCUCGUAGCAGCGAGGACGAGGGAGUCAACAUGAAGGAGGUUGAUGGCCUGCUGCAUGAGAUCUCCGUCAUGCUUGCGCAGUGGUCAUUCUACACUAGAUUUAUUUCAGCAAAGUCCAUGGACCCAGCGGAUCAAGAUGCACCUCUGAGAUUAGCAGAAUUGCUUGUCAAAUCGAAACUUUACGGCAAGGUGUCUUCUAAACUGAUAUCCCCCUACAACGUCAUGUCUACCUUUUUCUUCCGUCGAUCCGUUGAGAAGGCGUUUCAGCUGGACGAGUACCCCAGUGGCCUGUCCUUGAGUUUGAAUAAACCAAUAGAGGGCAACACUCCCUACAUAAUACUCGCGGUUGAUGAUGUUAUGUAUAUUGUCAACGCCGUGCUUCAGAGGUGCUUAUCCACCUCGCAGAAGGACGUUGUUACUUCUGUCGUUCCAUCGGUCAGUCGAGUCCUUACCGGCGACUUUGUGGGUAUGAUACAGCGCAAGAUGCGCGACGAGUCUUACCCAAAGGCGGCUAUCCAAGGAGGAUUCCCGCCGGAGGAAAAGAUUAUACAAUUCAUUGUUCUCAUCAACAGCUUGGAUAUGGCCAAUGAAUAUCUGGUUAGAAUCAUUCACGGCCGUAUUGGCUCCCCGGAUGGGCCAGCACAACAAAAAGAAGAAAUCGAAGCCUUGCUAAAACAAGCUUUCCCGUUCGAACGCGAUGUGGUGGCUGUCGUGGGCGCACUGCGCGCACUGGAGACGGCGUUUAUUGGAAAGACGACAGAACUGCUUAAUGAAGCAAUUCAGGUCCUAUUUAACCAAGUGGUCAAGCUACGGCUAAGACCGGUCCUCAGCGACACAUUCCGCGACGCCGACUAUACGCUGACUGAGCAAGACAUUGCGGCAAUCGCCCAGGAGAAUGACGAAGCAGAAGGAGCCAUGCUGGAUCAAGUCUCGCGGCGCUUCGAACACGGAUGGGAUCAACUCAUGAAGGCUAUUGGCCGGCUCCUGACGCCGGGUACAUUCAGCAGCCUCAUGGACAUGACAGCGCGUUACCUGUCUCGAAUUCUGGAGAAGAGGAUUCUCGGCUACGGUGGAAAGACGAGCGCAUACGGCGCAAUUCGCAUGGAAAGGGAUUUCAACUCCAUAGUGGACGUGGUCUCGCGAGGCAACUACAGCGUCAAGGAAGUGUUCAGUAGGGUGACACAACUGCUCAUGGUUGCGAACAUGGAAGACGAGGAAUGGGAUGAAAUCUGUGCUCAGGACGGAGAAGACGGCAUCGACUGGGUCCUGACGGAAGACGAAAAGCGAAGAGCGCGGAGUUUGGUAAGAGGUUAA